AUGGCAGACUCGCUUCCACUCGACGUCGCCAAUCUUGCUGGACUCUUCUGUGGAUCGAUUCUUUAUGGCAUUUUCGUCGUUUUAUUCGUCCUCUGCCUUCAUACUCUGCUUUAUCGACGCAAUACUCCGCGCCCAAAUUAUAUUUUGAUCAGUGGUGUGACAGCCAUGUUCGUGCUCAAUACCUUUGUGCUUGCGCUCAGCUUUUCCCGCUGCCUCGACGCCUUUGUGUUCAUGAGGAAUAUUGCCGGAGGUCCUGUGGCAUAUUUUGAGGAACUAGGAGACUGGAAAGAGGUGACUCGGACAGCACUCGUCCUCACAUAUGCCGUGCUGGGCGACGUAAUAUUAAUCUACCGCUGCUGGGUUGUGUGGAGUAGACAGCUUGUCGUUAUCGCGUUUCCGGUUCUCAUUCUUCUCGCUGGAAUAUCUAUGGAUAUCCUCACAACAGUGACACUUGCUUCCCUAUCCGCCGGCUUCACCGUGUUUGCCGAGUCUCUGCAGCCACGUAUUACCGCAGCCCUUUCGCUCAUUCUCUCCCAAAACAUCAUCGUCACGUCGCUCAUCGUCUUCCGUAUAUGGCGAAUCAACCAGUCCGCAGGUGGACCAGCUAUGGGCAGCUUGCGACCGAUUUUGAAUGUCAUCAUCGAAAGCGGCGCAGUUUUUGUAGCCAUGAUCUUCAUUUUCUUAAUGACAUACGUCACAUCUAGCAACUCGCAGUAUAUCAUGGUUGAUGCAGUGAGUAUCGUGACUUGUCCCAGUGAAACCACUUUUCUGAAAUCUCCUACCCAGAUCAACCCGAUGAUUGUGAGUACUGUCUUUGUGUACAAAAAUCAGGCGACUCAUACUAGGAUCAGGGCAUAA